UCGAAUCGGUGCAUUUUAGCCUCCAAAGCUGAUCGAGCAAAGAUAUUUGUUUUUCGUAGAUAUAAGCAUUUACGAUGGCUGACUGAAAAUCUUCUGUGCGYUCGCUCGCGGCUCGCCGUAAACGCCACACCAAAAACCGUCCAGACGUGUGCCAACGCGCGUCAUCUUCGGGGAAACGAGAAAAACGAUUCAUUUUUAUUGGUUUCUGGUGGUCACGUUUGAUCUUCGGAACUCGGAUCUUCCGGGAGCGUUUGGUUUACCGUUUGGUGGAGGAGUGUAAUCUGUGCUACUAGCAUGAUUAAUUGACUGGUUGCGCAGUUCCGUGAGCUUUUAACUGAGGUGUUUCUUUUGGGUUUGAUUUCGAUGUCGUCGGUAUUGAACGGGAUGGGUGACCUUCUGAUACGUGAAUGAAGUCAGUGAUCGAAACCCUAACCCUAAGUUGGAUUCUGUGGGAAGAUUGACGAAGCUGUGGAUGGAAUUUCUCUAGCAGGGAAUCACGUUUUAUAUAGGUUGGUUUGUCGGUUAUGGAUUGCAAGGAGCUCAAUUUGAACGAAGAUUGUGGUGCCUGUGGUAGCGGUGGGAAGAAUGGGGGAGAUGGAUUUAUAGACAGGAGCAAAGUGAGGAUUUUGCUGUGCGAUAAUGAUUCAAAAAGUUCAGAAGAGGUUUUCAAGCUUCUGUUAAAAUGUUCCUACCAGGUCAUUUCUGUGAGUUCAGCUAGACAGGUUAUUGAUGCUUUGAAUGCGGAGGGACCUGAAAUUGAUAUUAUACUCUCGGAAGUUGAUCUACCAAUGGCCAAAGGCAUGAAAAUGUUGAAGUACAUCACCCGGGAUAAAGAGCUGCGACGCAUUCCUGUUAUCAUGAUGUCAACACAAGACGAGGUCCCUAUUGUUGUUAAGUGCUUGAGACUUGGAGCAGCUGACUAUCUUGUAAAGCCUUUACGAACAAAUGAGCUACUAAACUUGUGGACACACAUGUGGAGAAGAAGGCGCAUGCUUGGACUGGCAGAAAAGAACAUCUUGAAUUAUGAAUUUGAUAUGGUCGCAUCAGACCCAAGUGAUGCUAAUACGAAUAGUACUACUUUGUUCUCGGAUGACACUGAUGACAAGUCACGUAGGAGCACAAAUCCAGAAAUUGAAAUUGCAACACAUCAGGAAGAUGAGUCUGGUAUUGUCGCACUGGUAGAGCCUCUUGUUGUUCAUACGGUGGAACAUCAGCCAGAUAUACCUGGAAUUAGCGAGCGCCGAAUAGGGCAACUUUCAUCAUGCCCAAGAAAGAGUGAACUAAAGAUUGGUGAAUCAUCCGCAUUCUUUACCUAUGUCAAAUCAAAAACUGUGAAGGCAGUAGAUGUUGAAGACAGUGCCAGACGACUUUUGCUGGAUGAAAAUCAUCAGGAAACUGGUCAGCAUGCAAUCCGUGAUUCCCAAAUACAAGAAAAUGGGGAGGCGUUGGAAAGCCAGUCACAGGGAGACGAAUUCCCAAGCAGUACUAGUUUUCCUGAUUCUUUUUCUAUGGAGAGAUCCUGUACGCCACCUGCAGCCACAGAAGUUCCUCGGGAAAAAAACAUAAAUGAAGAGAAUUGCUCUCAAGUGCUCGUGCAUCCUCGAAAUGGAUCUCAAGUUGAUAAUUCAGCCCUACCUGUGCAGACACGAACUGCUUAUCCAUUUUAUAUGCCAGAAGGAAUGAUGUCGGCUCAACUGUAUCAAAAGAACCUGCAUGAUAUGCAAAAUCAUGCGGCAAUGAUGUCACAACAGUACGGUCAUUUUCAUCAUUGCCCUCCCAAUGUUAGUGGGAUGGCAUCUUAUCCUUAUUACCCUCUGAAUAUAUGUUUACAACCUGGUCAAAUGCCAGCUACUACUAAUUCAUGGCCAUCAUUUGGAAAUUCAUCUACAAAUGAGGCACAAUCGAACAAAUUGGAUAGGAGAGAGGCAGCACUGAUUAAAUUUAGGCAGAAAAGGAAAGAGCGUUGUUUCGAUAAGAAGAUUAGGUACGUUAAUAGGAAACGGCUUGCUGAGAGAAGGCCCCGAGUGCGGGGUCAGUUCGUGAGGAAGGUAAAUGGUGUCAAUGUAGAUCUUAAUGGACAACCUGCAUCUGUUGAUGAUGUUGAGGAUGAAGAUGACGAGGAGCAAAUAUCAAGGGAUUCCUCUCAUGAGGAUGAUGGUUCAGGAUAUUAGGGAAAAUUUGCUGUCCAAGUGACCAAGGGAGUUCCUUUUGAUUGGUUCAGUGGCAUUAAUUAUCSCUGGAAUACCUGAAAUUUAUGCACUUGAAGCUUUAAGAUCAUUACUUGUUCCUGAUAUCACGCCGGAUAUUUAUUGAAGAAUGCCUGACCAAGUUUAUCCAGAAAAGCAAGCAAGCGUGCAUGUUUACUGCAUGCAAUCAUUCAUAAUGUUGGCAAGAGCCCUUAUUCUGCUGUUACAUCACCAUUUGCUUGCACCAGGUCCUUGUAGCCUUACGGUUGCUGGUGGCUAGAAACUGCUUCUCUUAUCCUGUCUUGCUGCUCAUGGAGUGUCCGAGCUGGUUCUUGAGGGCUGAAAUAUACGUGCUUCAGUAUCAUCUGAUCUCCAUGGUGGAACUCAAAUGGGUCGAAUGAUGGAUCAUUGGAAAUCUGUUGACCAAUAUUAGAUAUUUGCAAAGAUGUUCUCUUAGAAUGAAGAAUAGCUUGUUGGAAUUCCAGUCAAAUUAGCCAAGUAUCUUACCCUACCCCCGAUCUCAACUUAUGUAGCUUGUGGAAGUUCUGAAUCAAAAGGUUAACCAAUCUCAUCCAAACUGUGCGAACUAUUUUUCAUUGCAUCCCCAUAAGCUGUUUAGAGUUGUGUUAAUAUAGAAUGAUAUGUAAAGGAAGUAAGAAUUUGAUUCGGUAGUUCCAGCCAGCA